UACACAGAAAGCCAGGAAGUAAAUUUUAGUGAACAAGAAACUCAGAGUGCUGCUCCCUUUCUCUUUCUCUUGCUCAGCGUGUAAGUAAGAAAAUGGCAGAGGCCAGUAUUUCGGUAGAUCAGGAUCAGUUCAUGUGUCCAGUGUGUCUGGAUCUCCUGAAGGAUCCGGUGACUAUCCACUGUGGUCACAGUUUCUGUAAGUUGUGUAUUAAUGGCUGCUGGGAUCAGGAGGAUCAGAGUGGAGUUUAUAGCUGUCCUCAGUGCAGAGACACUUUCACUCCAAGGCCUGUUCUACGCAGAAACAACAUGCUGGCUGAAGUGGUGGAGAAACUGAAGAAGACUGAAGUCCAAGCUGCUUCUCCUGCUCACUGUUACACUGGACCUGGAGAUGUGGAGUGUGAUUUCUGCACUGGGAGAAAACACAAAGCCGCCAAGUCCUGUCUGAUGUGUCUGGCCUCCUUCUGUGAAACUCAUCUGAAACCUCACUAUGAAGUUCCUGGAUUGAAAAAACACAAAUUAGUCGAAGCUUCUGGAAAUCUUCAAGAGAAGAUCUGCUCUGAACAUGAUGAAGUGUUGAAGAUCUACUGUCGUACUGACCAAAGCUUCAUCUGUUAUCUGUGUACGAUGCAUGAGCACAGAGGUCAUGACACAGUCGCAGAUGCAGUAGAAAGAAGUGAAAAACAGAGUGAGUUAAAGGAGGAUCAGAUGAAAUUCCAGCAGAGAAUCCAGGAGAAGCAGAAGAAGGUGCAGGAGCUGAAACAGACUGUGAACACUAUAAAGAUCAGUGCACAGACAGCAGUAGAUGACAGUGAGAUGAUCUUUACUGAGAUGAUCAGCUCCAUGGAGAAAAAGCGCUCGGAGGUGACGGAGCUGAUCAGAGCUCAGGAGAAGGCUGAACUGAGUCCAGCUGAACGACUCCUGGAGCAACUGGAGCAGGAGAUUGCUGAUCUUCAGAGGAGAGUCACUGAGAUGGAGAAGCUUUCACACACACAUGAUCACAUCCACUUCCUCCAGAGUUUCCAGUCUCUCCGUGUCUUUUCUGGAUGUGACGACUCAUCCAGCAUCACUGUCAAUCAACAUCUCUCAUUUGAUGGAGUGAGGAAAUCUCUCUCUGACCUGAAAAAGGGAUUCCAGGAAUUCUGCAAGAAGGAAUUCAUCGAAAUCCCUGAAUGUGCAUCUGAUUUUCCGUCUCUAUUUUUCUGUGUCUCCACAAAUGCAGCAGUUCAGAUACCCUCAGAACCAAAGAGCAGAGAAGAUUUUCUACACUAUUUUUCUGAUCUGACUCUGGAUCCCAACACAGUAAAUUAUAAACUUAUUCUAUCUAAGAAGAACAGAGCGGUGAAGAGCAGUGAGAGAAAGCAGCGAUACUCUGAUCAUCCAGAGAGAUUCGACUACUACAGUCAGGUGUUGUGUAAGGAGAGUGUGUGUGGACGCUGUUACUGGGAGGUGGAGUGGAGCAGUGAUGGAUGUGUGUACAUAUCCGUCUCAUAUAAAGACAUCAGAAGGAAAGGAGAUGGUGAUGAAUGUUGGUUUGGACGCAGCAAUCAGUCCUGGAGUCUGCAAUGUUCUUCUUCUUCUCUAACUUUCUAUCACAACAACAUUAAGUCUGAUCUCAGAGUUCCAUCAUCCUCCAGAAUAGGAGUUUAUGUGGAUCACAGUGCAGGAACUCUGUCCUUCUACAGCGUCUCUGACACCAUGAAGCUCCUCCACAGAGUCCACACCACAUUCACUCAGCCUCUAUACGCUGGAUUCUGGCUGCCUUGUUAUGGAUCAUUUGUGAGGUUUGAUAAUGUAGCUAACAAGCAAGUUGAAUGUGUCUGACCAAAUCACUGAAACAACUGCCUCUUCUGACAAGCCAGGUGCUUCCUCAAGACCAGUGUUUAAAACAAGUGUGGAAAUAUGCCAAUUAUAUUGUCCAACGUGAAGUCAGGUGAGACAAGACCAUUAAAAGGUAUGUACUUCAAAGAAUUCCCAGAUUCUAAUUCUAAGAAGGGAGAAGUUUCAAAAAUUUGUCAAAGUGAUGCAAUUUCUUCUCAGGGAACAGGCUUACAUAUGUAACUUGAGGAUUUCUCUUUCAAGGGAACUCUAAUGAUGCAUUAUGGCUUGACUCUAUGAGAAUGUCAGUACCAGUAUUGCCACAUUGAAGAAGCAUUGCUGGGUGCAGACCUGAUCAACCUUGAAAAACCUGGGAUCCUGGGUUUAGUCCAAGUCCAAACUGUAAAAACCUGAUAAAUGUGUGCGAAAAUGACAAGACUGACACAGAACAAACAUUGUGUAAGGAUGCACUGGAGGCAGGCAUAGCAGAAUCCAUUUGCAGAUCUUUAUUAUAACAAAAACGGCAGGCAAGAAUCAGUAAAGAUAUGGCUAGACAAAAGGGUCGAAGACUGGGGAAUCAAACACACUCGAAACUGAAAUCAAAAACACAAAACCGAGACUCAUAGUAGACUGGAACAGGCAAGGAUCAUACACAUGGUAGUCAAAGAAUCAAUAUACAAAGGCUUGGUAUGAAAUCUAGAAAGAAUGAUACUUCGCAGAGAACAAAAGGCAGCGUGCUUCUUAAAUACCCGAGUAACACCGGAAGUGAGUUCGAGAGUGUCAAUACUCAGACAAUGGCCCCCUCUGGCAUUCUGGUUCAAAUUCAAAUUUUAUUGGUCACACACGAAAUCAUACACAGUAUGACAUGUAGUGAAAUGCUUUUUACGACUGUCUUACACAAAAAGAAAGAGUAAAAAAAAAAGAGAUAAAUUUAAAAUUUAAAGUGUGGACAGUGUGGAAAGU